GAAGAGAUGCACAGGCUGAAAGCAAAGGAGAGGCUGAGACAGCGGCAGGAGGAGCAGGAGCAGAUGGUGAGGGCAGCCUAUGCCCAGGCCAGUGAGCAGCUGAAGCGCUUUGAUGAACUGAGGGAGCUGAAGCGGCAUCAGGAAUUCCAAGAGUUGCAAGAAGUAAUGGAGAAGAGCUCAAAGGAGGCUCAGGGGCAGCAAGAGAAGUUGAAGGAAGAACACCGACAUAGAGCAAAGAUAUUGAACCUAAAAUUGCGUGAGGCAGAGCAGCAGAGGCAGCGCCAGGAAGAGCUGGAACGUUUGCGCAAGGAGGAGGGCCAGGAGAGGCUGCGUCGCCUUUAUUCCAUCCAGGAGGAACUGCUGCAGCUGAACCAGCAGAUUGAUCCCAACUACAGGCACAAAGACUUGCCCAGAAUCGAUCUGUCUGCAUACAGCAACCGUGGCAACCAGAUCUGUGGACUGGUGUCAGGGCUCAUCCGCACCACGAGCGAGAGAGGGUUCCCAACUCAAGCAGAUGUGGCCAGCACUGAACGAGCGCUGCAGGAGAUGCGAGGGUUGAUAUCCAGCAUGCAGCAGGAAAUCACUGCAGUGUCAGGAAUGAUUCGUCUCUAUGCUGCCAUCAUUCAGCUCCGCUGGCCCUAUGGAAACAAACAAGGGGCACAUCCUCAUGGUCUGAGCUAUGGGUGGCGCUGGCUUGCACAGAUGUUGAAUCUGGAGCCUCUGGCAGAUGUGACAGCUAUGCUGCUUCUGGAUUUC